UUCUUUUCCUCUUCACUCUCUGAAAAAGGAUGAACUGACCCUGGCAUUCUCCUUUCCUUUUUUGCCACUUUCUGGGUUCUGCUGCUUUCCGUGGGCUUUAGGAUAAGGGGAAUAAAAAAGACUGACGAAGAUUUGCUACCGUUCUUUUUAUAAUUUCAUAAGCUUUUGGUUCGUGUCAAUUUGUCUAUUCAGUAGAAAUCGCGUGUCCAAGGGUUCCAAACUUCAAAUCAGCAACUAUAAUGUACCUUUAGAGAAGACCACCGACAUGCAGAAUUUAUGUUCCAUAUGUUAUAUUGUUAUGAAUACAGCAACUGGACGCUGCAUAUGUGAGCUCCCUCUCAGGGAACAGGUAAUCAGGGGACAUUGUUCUCGCGACACGGGGAACAAUAGUUGCAAAUAAAAUUUAUGUGGAAUUAGAACCUUGGCAUCUUUUUUGCCUUUUUCCAGAAAGUAGAGUGCCAUUCAGUUGCGACGCGGGCUGAACUUCGCCUCCACCAGAUCAAGUUGGGCUUCUAAUUUGCCCUGCUGAUCUCCAUUCUAUGAAUCGUAAACCAACAUGAUCUAGUGGAAACAGUAUUUGCAACUGAUAACAAAGAAACAUGAUCUCUUGCUUUCUGCACUUCCGCGUCGAAUUGAUGCCUCCUCAAGUCAGCACCGCCAGAAGCGUCGGCAUAACCUUGCUCUAGCGUUUGUAGAUGCUGGCUGAAGAAUCCAAGUUACUGGGUGUGAUAAUGAUAUGUGAGUGUUCUUUUUUGGGGAUUACCGUGGGAACACCCUAUUGAUGUGUCUAUGUGUGAUUGGAUGGGAGGGGAAGGUGGACACUCAAACAUUAGACCUUAUUUUCCUUGUUUGUCAAUAUUUUCCUCCGUGAUGCAAUGCUAUGCAUUGACAUGGAAUACAUCGACAUCCAUCAGCUGUAACACGUAGGAAUAAUUGCAGCGGAAAGAAAUAUAUACCAGAGCUGAUUCAAGAAUUUCCAUUCUAAAUUAGACAAUCCAUGUGAACUCGCAAGUUUGAUAACUAGACCCUUUUUAGGAAGUCCGUAAAUGCUUUGUGCCUUGGUGGGAGCCAUAUCAUUUGAUGGCUGUCAUAUACAUAUUCCCUCUUCGAGAAUGCAAUAUUUAAUCAAAGUAAUUCAACUUCUAUAGUAUAUUCCCCAACUGCUCUUAUUUUGUUGCUAAGAAACAGAGUUGUUCGUGUUAUAAAACUAGUUUGGUUUUUGUCCUGAAUAACAACAGCAGGAGAUGAACAGAAGUACUAAUCGAAGUUCUGAAUAGGAUAAUCAAAAGAGAUGCUUUCCUGCAAAUGACAGUACGGAUGGCUGACUGGGGUUGAACAUGGAACCUCUUGAAUUAUUGUGUAAAGUGUGAUUUGGGAGAAUAUAUGUAUAUCAGAAUAGGUUUUGUGAAUGACUAAAGAUCAUGCACGUAUGUGGAGAAUCGAUUCUCAAAAGGCUAUAUAUAUUUAAUAACCCCAAUAAUACCAUCAAUCUGUUGUUAUGUCCAUCUGCCCCUAGCAUAUAACUAAACAUCUAGCCAACUUUAGUACUAUCUUUUAGGGGCAGCUUAGCAUCUAGAAUGGACAAGCAACACAAAUCGUCGAUUAUAUUAGUCAAAGGGCAAAAAAAUUACUGACGAAAAAAAGAAGCUUCACCUGUCUUCCUUUUUUUUUGUCUUCCAAGUAAUAACCUUACUAUCAAACUGUUAAUUUGAUAUCAAUUCACCAAAUCUUGUCGAUAGUUUUCAAUAACUUACUCAUACUUAGCUACUUUGACUCCAUUAGUGAACAAUUUAUUUUAUUCAGUUCUUCCACACUACAAGGCAAAGGUUGGGAAAUAUUCCAUAAUCAAAGCAGAUUGCAUGACUUAACAAAACGAAAAAUGAUAGUUUAACAAUGUAAUUUUACUAUCCAGAAAUUUAACUGGAUGAUUUUAUGUUGUCUUUCAGUGAGCCCCAUUGUGUAUAAAGCAAACCAUCUUCAAUUGAUAAUAAGAGAAAUACUAAAGGUUAAUGUAACUAAAAUUGCUAAAAAGAAUAUGGGAGCAUGUUGUCUUGUUCAAAAGUUCUAUUGUUUAGAUGAAUGAAUGUAGAUUCAUCGCGAUCGUAUUUGUGUUUUGUUUGCCUAUUUUCUUGAUUUACUUCAUCUUUUGUUCUUAUAAUUCCUCAGAUGAUGUAGCACUUUGGUCACAACUGGGAACAUCAGAAUUUCUCUUAGCCACACGAAGUGUGCAUCAUUGCUAGAUAUGCACCUCCACCAGUAUAUAUUUGGCGGAAGAAUCAAAGUAUAAAGAAUAUGUUCCUCGAUCCUCGCACCUAUGUCGCAUGGAAAUUAUUAAAGAUAUUGUCCAUGGAUAGCUUAAAUGAUAGUUACUCCGCCAAAAUCUGAAGAAAGGAGGGCAAAAAUACAUAGAGAGAGAAAACAAAAAACAUUUCAUCAAUGUAAAUCGUUACUAUCAUGUAUAGGAAUAUCCAGGAGGUCAACUUCUGUUUGUGCUUAUUUCAAGUGUUGAAGCAACUUACAUAUUUGUAUGAAUUAUGAAAGAUGAUAAAUUUGACAAUAUUCUUUUGGUUUAACUGGUUUCGUUGCAGACCAUUCUGCAAUGUGUGUUAGGCACCAUUGCAUGCAAAAAUCUUUUCGCUGCCAUUGCAUGUUCAUGUGGUGUUGCCCUGCCUGCUCAAUCACAAAUUCAUAACUGCGCUCAGUUGUAGGUGUAGCCCUGCUUCUAGAUUGAAAUCUCAAGUUAUUAUGUUAUAAUAAUGGGCUAUACGUGCCAAUACAAAAUUUGUUUGACAUCAUCUAGUUAUAUGAACUACUUAACUGCUUUAUGUUUUGUCUAACCGCCUACAGAAUGUUCACACCAGAAAUAGUUCCUGACUAUAUCUCAUAUUGCUGAGGUCAAGUACUCCUUCCAUUCAGAAUACUCGGGAACUUUUACUGUACCAACUUUGAGAGUUUUUGACUGGGUAUAUAUGUUCAAUUAAUUAAAGGGACAACAAUAGUGAUAAUAGAUUUGUGAUCAUUCCAUGUAUCAACUUGAUGUAUUGCUAUUGAAAUUCUGAAUCUUCCUCUAUUGGGAAAAAAGAUUUGUGAUAAAAGGUGCUUUAAAGAUAUUACUCCCUCUGGUCACUAAAAGAAAGACUUAUGACAGCUAAAUUGCACUACAUGCAGUCUAUGCAGGCUGUCUUAAACAUCUUCUUUUAAUGACUGGAGGGAGUAUAUGCUUUAAUUUGCGUAUGCAUAUAUCAAAACUUAACUUUAAACAAAAAAGUCAAAGUGGCCAAGUAUAUGGAAACAGAGUAUUAUUUGAUUUAUUUUUUGUAGUUUAUAUAGCUGUUAAUAUGUUUUCAGAAGUAAAUAUUAAUAUUCCAUGGUGUAGGUACAAAAUGUAAUACUGUGAAAUCCUGCUUUGUUUAGCAUCACUUUCCUCUUGCAUAUUUUCCUUUCUCGUUUCUGCUUUCAUCUCAUACUCUUGUUCGAUUUGGAUAGCUCAGUUAGAAAGGGUAAGAUCAAAGCAUCUCCGUGCCUCCACAGCAAACCCUGGAUUCGCAAUUAUUGAGGCCCCUCCACUAUAAAAGGGCAUCCAGCCACAAGGAAUGAACACAGCCAGCAAGCAGACAACAAGGACAACACAGCAACUGAAACCCUAGUACCAAGAACAAACAACUACAAGAGACUUCGCAAGUUCACAGAGGCUAGGUGUUGACUGCGAAUGAACAUCCAGAGGAAGCCUGGAGAUUGGAACUGCAAGAACUGCCAGCACCUCAACUUCAGCCGCCGUGAUUACUGUCAGCGUUGCCGUGACCCACGCCCUGACUUGCAGUUCAGUGACAGCUAUAGCACGGGUGGUGUGCUGACCUCCCUGGACAUCCGUCCAGGUGACUGGUACUGCAGCUGCGGCUACCACAACUUUGCCAGCCGCAGCAGCUGCUUCAAGUGCGGCACCAUCGUCAGGGACUUCCCAGCAGGACAAGGUGCAGCCGGUGCUGAGGUUGACUUCGCUCGUGGACGCGACAGCGCCGCAGUUCGUGCUGGGUGGAAAGCUGGCGACUGGAUCUGCACAAGGCCUGGUUGCAACGUGCACAACUUUGCUAGCAGGAUGGAGUGCUAUAGGUGCAAUGGACCAAGGGAGGCAGCAGGCACCGGGAAGUAAGAGGCGACCGAGGUGAUACCAAGACCGUGAGAUGUGACGAGCUGGCCGAGCGAUGGAACCAACUGCUGUCACACACUCACCAUCAGGCAUCCAGGAAGGAUGAGUCUACUACGUACACAAGUAUAUUGUUGAUUGCCAUUUGCCAAGCGUAGUACCGCUGCUGCCGUUGCGUGGGUGGAGAAGUACCCAAGCACAACAACCGUUACGCGCGCGCGCGUGUGUGUUUGCUCUUUUUUUUUGAGGUUGUGUUGAUUCAGUAACUGCUGAAUUUUACGGCUUGAUGAUGUACUUGCAUUAUGUAUUGGUCUUAAACAGCAUAUAUAAUAAUUAUCUAAUAAGUGUUUGCUUAUCUAUA